AUGACAUCACUUUUGAUGAAAGCUGAAAUUGAAGGUUAUAAGAAGCUUCUUGAAGAUAUAUGGCCAUAUGCAAGUUUAUCAGGCACUAGGUAUUAUAUGUUAUUAUAAGGUAGUCUUAAUCAAUUUGGAAUGUUUGAAACUUGUUUAAGAAAGGGAUACUAUUAUUCAAGUCUUAAAAUAGAUAUGGAACCUAUGCCAAGUUAUUAUGGAUUAUGUCAUUCAAGAGAUUGUACAACAGAUGACUUCAAUGAUGAAUAAUUAUAGUCUGAUUUUAAAGAAUUAAUCAAUUCUACAGGAAUUUUAGAUAAAUAUAAUGUAAAAAUGAAGUUAUUCAAGAUAUCAUUAGAUGAUGCUGAUUUUAUUUUUUAUGAUCCUCUAAAUUAUAAAAAGGAUUCAGGUAUGAUGUUUACAUUUACACUUUUUCUUAUUGGAAUGUUUUUGAUUCUUAGUUGUUUUAAUCCAAUAUUUUGUUAAUUGAUGAAUUUUAAGAAACAAGUUAAAGUAUCUAUAAAUACAAGAGAUAUUGAAAAUAAUGAAAAACAUGAUGAUGAAAAUUAAGGAUUGACAAAUAAUGAGAUAACAGUAAUAAAAUAAGUAGAAACUAAUAAAUCAUGUUUCUUAGAUUAUUCUAUUUAGGCAAGUUAUAAUACAUUAUUUACAUUUAAAGAUCAUGAUACUAAUUUAAGUAUAAUGGAAGGAUAUAGAUCAAUAGGAUUUUUAAUGGUUAUUUUUGGUCAUUAAUUUCUUGAUUUAGCUAAAUCAUCAUUUAAAUUUGAAAUGAUAGCUUAAUUAAAAUCAUGGUUAUGUCUAAAUUUAGUUAAUAUGUUAUAUAGUGUAGAUAUGUUUUUUUGGUUAGGUGGUUUUUUUAGUGCUUAUAUGUUAUUUGAGAAAAGUAAAGUUAAAUUAGUUAAAAGAAAUGGAUUAACAAUAUUUGGAUUCUUAUUACAUAGAAUAUUAAGAAUUUGGCCAUGUUAUGUAGUAGCAAUUUUGAUUAGUUCAUAAUUAGUACCAUAUAUAGGAGAUGGACCAAGAUGGUUUAUGGCUUUAGAUCGUUUUGAAUGUGCAACAGGAUGGAGAAAUUUAAUAUUUAUAGAUAACCUAUUUUAUGAUACUUAAUAUUGUUUUCCAUGGGGUUGGUAUUUAUCCACAGAUAUGCAAUUAUUUAUAUCUUCUUUGAUUCCAAUGUUUUUAUAUGCAAAAUUAAAUUCAAGAAUAUCAAAGGCAGUGAUAAUAUCUUUAUUAGUAAUUACAUAAACUAUUGGAACAGUAAUGUCAUUAGUAAAUGAAUAUUUAUUACCUCCUUUUGCAUUGACAUAACCAAAUAUGCAUUAGAAUUACUAUACAAAACCAUUUACAAGAGGUCCUCCAUAUUAUUUAGGAUUAUUAUUGGGAGUUUUAUAUAGAGAAUUAAAAGAAAAUAAUAUGAAUGUAUUAAGUAGAUUAUAGGAAUAUUCUUAAAAGAGAUAAUUUAAAUUUAAAUUAUUUUGUUAUUUAUUAGGAUGUUUAAUAAUUGGAGGUAUAUGGUUUGGAUGGAGACCAGCUCAAUUAAAUUAUUAAAAUUAAGAAUAUUGGAAUAAAACAAUAUAAAGUAUUUGGUUUGCAUUUUGUAGAUUAGGAAUAGCUAUAGGAAUGAGUUUAUUAUCAUUACCAUGUUUAUUUGGAAUGAAAGAUAUGUAAAUAAUAUAUAAAUAUAUAUAAUAGAUUUAAUUUGACUUUUAUGAGAAAUAAUUAUUUUAGAUUUAUUAACAAGAUCUCUUUUUCUGGUUAUUUAAUUCAUUAAAUAAUAAUUUUUGGAUUAUUAGGAUAAUUCUAUCAAACACCUAAUUUCUCAUUUGAAACAAUAUUCACACUUUAUAUAGGAAAUUUGUUUAUUACUUUAAUAUGUUCAAUAAUAUUUUGUUUAUUUAUAGAGUAGCCUUUAACAAGAAUGGAAAAUAGUCUAAUGAAAUAUAUGUUUAACAAAUGA